AUGUGUCAGAAGAAGUUCUUGCAUAAGUCAUUUGAAGAACCAAAACUAAUUGGAAAUCUACACCAUUGGAGAUACUUAAGCCUUCCAACGUUUCUUUUAAUAUGGCCCACCUGUGAAUCUCAAAAGCAGUCUCGUGAGGUAUUUUUAGUCUUGUUGAUUUUGGGACAUGAUUUGCAGGACAUAAAGCUAUCUAGUCAGCUUUCUAGUCUUGUUGACAGUGCAAUAAAGAGAGGGUUUACAUACCAACAUGCCGAGAAUGAGGACGUUUCUCAUCGUAUUGGAAUCGGUGCUUUUGUGCUAAACAAGCGCAGAGAGGUGCUUGUGGUUCAGGAGAUUGGUGGUCGUUUCAAAGGGACAGGAGUGUGGAAGCUUCCUACCGGUGUUAUUCAAGAGGGUGAGGAUAUUUGGACAGGAGCAGUUAGGGAAGUGGAAGAAGAAACUGGUUAUCCAUGUUUUGGUCUGCUCUUUUUCUUCAGAUUUAAGACAAAAUUUGUGGAAGUCUUGGCUUGCAGGGAAAGACACCAAUCGUUCUUCGAAAGAAAAUCAAGUAUAUUUUUCCUCUGUGAGUUGGAGGCAAGCAAUUUUGAAAUCAAGAAACAAGACUCUGAGAUAUUGGAUGCAAAGUGGAUGCACCAACCCUUUAACCAGAAGAAAGAAAUGUUCAGAUUCAUGGGUAACAUCUGCCUAAAGAGGUCCCAUGAGAAGGAGAAGUACACAGGUUUCUCCACUGUCCUGACUAAGAAAUCAGCUGGUAAAGAAAGCUAUCUUUACUGCAGCACCGACCACGCCAACCUCCUCAAUGGAAAGUGUGACCAGGCCUCCACAUCUUUCUUCACAACCCUUGUCCACAAGUGUUUCUGUUUCACUUAGUGCUCUUGUCUCCUGUCCCCUGUAUGAUAGAUAAUAACAGCAAGUUUGCUAUGUAUGCAAAGACUCUCUUCACAGUUCUGUUUCUUGGGUUAG